AUGCAGCCUCUGGAAGGUGUGCAGGCCGACCUGGGCAAGGCCCAGGUCAUCGACCGCGUCCCUAAAGUGAUCAAGGAGCUGAAGUUUGGCGUUUUGUCCAACGAUGACAUUGUCAGCCAAGGCGUGGUGGAAGUAUCCGACCGCAAAUUCUACAACCUCGAAAAUGACCGAGCCGUCGUUCCUCAUGGCCCUCUCGAUGGGCGCAUGGGUAUUUCGAACAAAUCCUCGUCCUGCCAGACAUGCGGCGGUGCGCUGCAAGUUUGCAACGGCCAUUUUGGCCAUGUGAGACUUGUCUUACCUGCGUUCCAUGUGGGAUAUUUCAAGCGGGUGAUUAGUAUCUUGCAAGAAAUUUGCAAGGAGUGUUCGCAUAUACUGCUUCCCGAAUCAGAGCGCCGUGCUUUUCUCCGUGAGAUGCGCCGCCCGCGACUGGAUAACUUGCGAAAGUUGCAGAUUGCCAAACGAGUCAACGAACGCUGCCGCAAGACCCGAACCUGCGAAUACUGUGGUACUGUGAACGGCGUGGUAAAGAAAACAGGCACCAGCUCUCUUAAAAUUACCCAUGACAAAUUCCGUGCCUUUAAUGCGUCGACGUCGAUGAAAAAGGUACCGCCGCCUAGCAAAAUUGUUUUCGAUAGGUCGCUUGAGGAGGCGAGGGGUUCGAAUGGGGAGGUUGAGAAACACUACAAAAAAGCCCAGGAUGAUUUGAAUGCACUGCGAGUUUUGAACCUGUUCAAGCGCAUAUCAGAUAGCGAUUGCGAGUUGUUGGGCUUGGAUCCUAAGGAAGCAAGACCGGAGAUGUUUCUUUGGCAGUUCAUCCCUGCGCCGCCGGUUUGUAUCCGUCCCUCCGUGGGUCAGGAUGCUUCGUCCACAGAAGAUGAUCUGACGGCCAAGUUGGGAGAUAUUGUCCAGAGUAACAUUAAUCUCAAAAAUUCUUUGCUGAAAGGCGCACCUGUGCAGACCAUUAUGGAAUGCUGGGACUACAUGCAACUACAAAUUGCUGUCUAUAUCAACAGUGAUGUUCCAGGCCUCAACAAGGCGGACCUGGGAAAGCCCAUCCGUGGUUUUGUGCAGCGUUUGAAAGGAAAACAGGGUCGAUUCCGUGGUAAUCUUUCCGGAAAGCGUGUCGAUUUCUCUGGUCGAACUGUCAUUUCGCCUGAUCCUAAUCUACGUGUUGAUGAGGUCGCGGUCCCGGAGCUUGUUGCAAAGAAUAUGACUUAUCCUGAGGUGGUUUCUAGAUACAACAAGGAGAAGCUGCAGCAGCGGGUCCGAAAUGGAACGAAAAAGUGGCCGGGUGCCAACUAUAUCAUCAAGAAGGGCAACCCAUUGAAGACUAUGCUCAAGUACGGUAGCUUGAAGUUCAUUGCCGACCAACUACAGGAAGGAGAUAUCGUUGAACGCCAUAUUGAAGAUGGUGACAUCGUCCUGUUCAAUCGUCAGCCCUCCCUCCACAAACUCAGUAUCCUAUCCCACUUUGCGAAAGUUCGUCCUCACCGAACAUUCCGAUUGAACGAGUGUGUUUGCAACCCAUACAACGCCGAUUUUGAUGGUGACGAAAUGAACCUUCACGUACCCCAGACAGAGGAGGCCAGAGCCGAAGCAAUGGAGCUGAUGGGUGUGAAGAAUAACUUGGCGACACCCAAAAACGGAGAGCCCAUCAUUGCCGCUAUUCAAGAUUUCAUCAGUGCCGCCUAUUUGCUUAGCAGCAAAGAUAAUUUCUUCGAUCGACGUACUUUCACCCAGAUAUGCCUGUAUAUGCUUGGCCCGGAAACUCGUUUCGACCUUCCAGCGCCUGCGGUUCUUAAACCACAGAUGCUCUGGACAGGAAAGCAGGUUUUCAACAUUUUGAUGCGCCCCAAUAAGGACGACCCGGUUAUGGUCAACCUAGACGCAGCUUGCAGAGAAUACAAGCCAGCAAAGGAUUGGCCAAGGGACCUGGAUCCUAACGAUGGAUGGCUUGUCGUUCGGAAUUCAGAGGUCAUGUGCGGUGUGAUGGACAAGUCUACUAUUGGUUCUGGAAAGAAGGACAAUGUGUUCUAUAUUAUGCUUCGUGAUUUUGGCCCAGCUGCAGCGGCCGAGGGAAUGAACCGUCUGUCGAAGCUAUCGGCUCGUUGGUUCACGAACAUGGGCUUUUCUAUCGGAAUCACAGAUGUAUACCCCAGCGAGAAGCUGAUACGUUCGAAGAACGACCUGGUCGAAGCGGCGUACGCAAAGUGUGACGAGGUUAUUGCACAGUACAAGGCUGGAACGCUGGAAAAGUAUCCUGGGUGUGACGAAUUGCAGACCAUGGAAAACCAGCUCUCUGGUAUUCUGAGUAAGGUCCGUCAACAGGCUGGUGACGAGUGUAUUGCGCAAUUGAGCAAAUACAACUCUCCACUGAUCAUGGCUACAUCUGGAUCGAAAGGUUCCAGUAUCAACGUGUCUCAGAUGGUUGCUCUCGUGGGUCAACAAAUUAUUGGCGGCCAGCGUGUGCAGGAUGGUUUUCAGGAUCGAACCUUACCCCAUUUCCCAAAGAAUGCCCGACAGCCCCCAUCAAAGGGUUUCGUUCGAAACAGUUUCUUCUCGGGUCUUCUUCCCUACGAAUUUAUUUUCCACGCAAUGUCUGGUCGUGAAGGUCUGGUCGACACUGCAGUCAAGACUGCUGAAACUGGUUACAUGUCACGUCGUCUCAUGAAGUCUUUGGAAGAUCUUUCUACUGGAUACGAUGACACGGUGCGAAACUCGUCCCAGGGAAUUGUGCAAUUCCAGUAUGGUGACGACAAGUUGGAUCCCGUGGAUAUGGAAGGUAAAGCCAGGCCAGUCCAUUUCGACCGAACUUUCAUUCACUCCGAGACUACGACCUACAAGAAUGAUGAACGCAGUUUGUCACCUGCUGAGAUCAUGCAAGUAUGUGAGGAAAUGCUCUCGAAGGAGCGUGCCAAGCUUGUACGGAAAGAUCUGAUGGGAACUGAGCUGGGCUACAUGGAUCGUACUGACCACGGUAUUGACCAAUUUGAGAGUGCCCGUGACUUCCUCGAGUCUAUUCAGGAAUACGUUGGAACUAAAGCCGACAAGUUGAUUUCUCGAGGUGGUGACAGCGACCCGUCCGACGAGAGGACCAUCAAGGGGUUGAACCACACAGGAAAGCUCACGGAAACGACGCUUCGGACCUUCAUUACUGAGUGUCUGACGAAGUACAAGAGAGCCCAAGUUGAGCCAGGACAUGCUGUUGGUGCUGUUGGUGCGCAGUCCAUUGGAGAGCCUGGUACCCAGAUGACUUUGAAGACUUUCCAUUUUGCUGGUGUCGCCGGUAUGAGUAUCACACAGGGUGUUCCCCGUAUCAAGGAAAUUAUCAACGCCUCCAAGGAGAUCAGUACUCCUGUUAUUGCCUGCGAGCUGGUCGAAAAGCAACACGUUGUCGGUGCCCGCAUGGUCAAGGGACGUAUCGAAAAGACUUACUUGCGCGAUAUCACGCACUACGUCCGGGAAACAUGGACUGGGAAAGAGGCCUUCUUGACCGUAAAGAUCAACUGGAACACGAUUAGAGACUUGGAACUCGAUCUGUCCGUGCCGAAGAUCCGCCGUGCUAUCGAGAGCACCCGAAGAUUCAAGGCAAGCGACUUGACCUUUAGAUCAACGCGCUCACACAUCCACAUUAUGAUCGAUCUGGAUCCUUCUAGCAAGGACAAGCUGUCCAAGACAGAGAUUGCCGCGACCAGUGCGGAUCCCUUCCUCCGCCUGAAGGCUCUCAAGCGUCUCCUCCCCGACAUCCAAGUUCUCGGACACCCGCAAGCGAGUCGUGCUAUCAUCCGUACCGACGAAAAAUCCGAGAAGAACACCCUCUUGGUCGAAGGAUACGGACUCCGACAGUGCAUGAACACGGACGGUGUCGAUGGCCUCCGUACCAUGUCUAACAACGUGAUGGAAGUGCGCGACGUCCUCGGAAUCGAAGCAGCCCGGAAGACCAUUGUCCAAGAAAUCAGCGAAGUCAUGAAGGACAUGGACAUCGAUCCGCGUCACAUGCAGCUGCUGGCCGAUGUCAUGACCUACAAGGGUGAGGUACUAGGUAUCACCCGAUUCGGUCUGGCAAAGAUGCGCGACUCCGUUCUGCAACUGGCCUCUUUUGAGAAAACAGCGGACCACCUGUUCGAUGCUGGUGGAGCCGGCCGGACAGAUCUCAUUGAGGGUGUCUCGGAAUGUAUCAUCAUGGGCAAGACGGUGUCGCUGGGUACAGGUGCGAUGGAGGUUGUGCGCAAGAUGAACUUCUACGAAAACCAGAUCGGGGCGAAGAAGACUACCUUUGAAGAUGCUUGGAAUAGUGUUCACAAUCAGAAGGGCAAGAAGAGAAAGGCAUAG